AUGUCAGACUGUGAGAUUGACAGGAAAGCUUUGCAGGAUCGUAUCACCUCUCUCACAGAAGAGAUGGUCCUCAAGGAUCAGUCCUCUGUAGGGGAAAUUACCGAAAUAACCAAAGACUACACCUUAAAGGUCAGUUCUCUUCAGGAGCAGAUGGAGGGGCUGCAGCAGUCCUUGAUAGAUAAAGACAAAAUUAUUACGACAAAUCAAAGUCUGAUGUCAGACUUUGAGGUCGACAGGAAAGCUUUGCAGGAUCGUAUCACCUCUCUCACAGAAGAGAUGGUCCUCAUGGAUCAGUCCUCUGUGGGGGAAAUUACCGAAAUAACCAAAGACUACACCUUAAAGGUCAGUUCUCUUCAGGAGCAGAUGGAGGGGCUGCAGCAGUCCUUGAUAGAUAAAGACAAAAUUAUUACGACAAAUCAAAGUCUGAUGUCAGACUUUGAGAUCGACAGGAAAGCUUUGCAGGAUCGUAUCACCUCUCUCACAGAAGAGAUGGUCCUCAAGGAUCAGUCCUCUGUGGGGGAAAUUACCGAAAUAACCAAAGACUACACCUUAAAGGUCAGUUCUCUUCAGGAGCAGAUGGAGGGGCUGCAGCAGUCCUUGAUAGAUAAAGACAAAAUUAUUACGACAAAUCAAAGUCUGAUGUCAGACUUUGAGAUUGACAGGAAAGCUUUGCAGGAUCGUAUCACCUCUCUCACAGAAGAGAUGGUCCUCAUGGAUCAGUCCUCUGUGGGGGAAAUUACCGAAAUAACCAAAGACUACACCUUAAAGGUCAGUUCUCUUCAGGAGCAGAUGGAGGGGCUGCAGCAGUCCUUGAUCGAUAAAGACAAAAUUAUUACAACAAAUCAAAGUCUUAUGUCAGACUUUGAGAUCGACAGGAAAGCUUUGCAGGAUCGUAUCACCUCUCUCACAGAAGAGAUGGUCCUCAAGGAUCAGUCCUCUGUGGGGGAAAUUACCGAAAUAACCAAAGACUACACCUUAAAGGUCAGUUCUCUUCAGGAGCAGAUGGAGGUGCUGCAGCAGUCCUUGAUCGAUAAAGACAAAAUUAUUACGACAAAUCAAAGUCUGAUGUCAGACUUUGAGAUUGACAGGAAAGCUUUGCAGGAUCGUAUCACCUCUCUCACAGAAGAGAUGGUCCUCAUGGAUCAGUCCUCUGUGGGGGAAAUUACCGAAAUAACCAAAGACUACACCUUAAAGGUCAGUUCUCUUCAGGAGCAGAUGGAGGGGCUGCAGCAGUCCUUGAUCGAUAAAGACAAAAUUAUUACUACAAAUCAAAGUCUUAUGUCAGACUUUGAGAUCGACAGGAAAGCUUUGCAGGAUCGUAUCACCUCUCUCACAGAAGAGAUGGUCCUCAGGGAUCAGUCCUCUGUGGGGGAAAUUACCGAAAUAACCAAAGACUACACCUUAAAGGUCAGUUCUCUUCAGGAGCAGAUGGAGGUGCUGCAGCAGUCCUUGAUCGAUAAAGACAAAAUUAUUACGACAAAUCAAAGUCUGAUGUCAGACUUUGAGAUUGACAGGAAAGCUUUGCAGGAUCGUAUCACCUCUCUCACAGAAGAGAUGGUCCUCAUGGAUCAGUCCUCUGUGGGGGAAAUUACCGAAAUAACCAAAGACUACACCUUAAAGGUCAGUUCUCUUCAGGAGCAGAUGGAGGGGCUGAAGCAGUCCUUGAUCGAUAAAGACAAAAUUAUUACGACAAAUCAAAGUCUUAUGUCAGACUUUGAGAUCGACAGGAAAGCUUUGCAGGAUCGUAUCACCUCUCUCACAGAAGAGAUGGUCCUCAAGGAUCAGUCCUCUGUGGGGGAAAUUACCGAAAUAACCAAAGACUACACCUUAAAGGUCAGUUCUCUUCAGGAGCAGAUGGAGGUGCUGCAGCAGUCCUUGAUCGAUAAAGACAAAAUUAUUACGACAAAUCAAAGUCUGAUGUCAGACUUUGAGAUUGACAGGAAAGCUUUGCAGGAUCGUAUCACCUCUCUCACAAAAGAGAUGGUCCUCAAGGAUCAGUCCUCUGUGGGGGAAAUUACCGAAAUAACCAAAGACUACACCUUAAAGGUCAGUUCUCUUCAGGAGCAGAUGGAGGGGCUGCAGCAGUCCUUGAUCGAUAAAGACAAAAUUAUUACGACAAAUCAAAGUCUGAUGUCAGACUUUGAGAUCGACAGGAUAACUUUGCAGGAUCGUAUCACCUCUCUCACAGCAGAGAUGGUCCUCAAGGAUCAGUCCUCUAUGGGGGAAAUUACCGAAAUAACCAAAGACUACACCUUAAAGGUCAGUUCUCUUCAGGAGCAGAUGGAGGGGCUGCAGCAGUCCUUGAUAGAUAAAGACAAAAUUAUUAUGACAAAUCAAAGUCUGAUGUCAGACUUUGAGAUUGACAGGAAAGCUUUGCAGGAUCGUAUCACCUCUCUCACAGAAGAGAUGGUCCUCAAGGAUCAGUCCUCUGUGGGGGAAAUUACCGAAAUAACCAAAGACUACACCUUAAAGGUCAGUUCUCUUCAGGAGCAGAUGGAGGAGCUGCAGCAGUCCUUGAUAGAUAAAGACAAAAUUAUUACGACAAAUCAAAGUCUGAUGUCAGACUUUGAGAUUGACAGGAAAGCUUUGCAGGAUCGUAUCACCUCUCUCACAGCAGAGAUGGUCCUCAAGGAUCAGUCCUCUGUGGCAGAAAUUACCGAAAUAACCAAAGACCUCACCUUAAAGGUCAGUUCUCUUCAGGAGCAGAUGGAGGGGCUGCAGCAGUCCUUGAUAGAUAAAGACAAAAUUAUUACGACAAAUCAAAGUCUGAUGUCAGACUUUGAGAUCGACAGGAAAGCUUUGCAGGAUCGUAUCACCUCUCUCACAGAAGAGAUGGUCCUCAAGGAUCAGUCCUCUGUGGGGGAAAUUACCGAAAUAACCAAAGACUACACCUUAAAGGUCAGUUCUCUGCAGGAGCAGAUGGAGGGGCUGCAGCAGUCCUUGAUAGAUAAAGACAAAAUUAUUACGACAAAUCAAAGUCUGAUGUCAGACUUUGAGAUCGAAAGGAAAGCUUUGCAGGAUCGUAUCACCUCUCUCACAGAAGAGAUGGCCCUCAAGGAUCAGUCCUCUAUGGGGGAAAUUACCGAAAUAACCAAAGACUACACCUUAAAGGUCAGUUCUCUUCAGGAGCAGAUGGAGGGGCUGCAGCAGUCCUUGAUAGAUAAAGACAAAAUUAUAACGACAAAUCAAAGUCUGAUGUCAGACUUUGAGAUCGACAGGAAAGCUUUGCAGGAUCGUAUCACCUCUCUCACAGAAGAGAUGGUCCUCAAAGAUCAGUCCUCUAUGGGGGAAAUUACCGAAAUAACCAAAGACUACACCUUAAAGGUCAGUUCUCUUCAGGAGCAGAUGGAGGGGCUGCAGCAGUCCUUGAUAGAUAAAGACAAAAUUAUUACGACAAAUCAAAGUCUGAUUUCAGACUUUGAGAUUGACAGGAAAGCUUUGCGGGACCGUAUCACCUCUCUCACAGCAGAGAUGGUUUUCAAGGAUCAGUCAUACCAGGAGGAAAAGACCAAUAAGGAUCUGGAAAAUGAGUCUUUCUUUGAUGCCCUGGACUUUGUUUCUGAGGAGAAAGAUGUGGAAACAUCUGCUUACAGAACAAUAGGCAAAUAUCUCAUCAGGGGACUCAUCGGGUUGAGUGCAGUGACUGUGUCUGCCACCGGGGGCUUCCUUCUCGGCCGUUCGGUCUGGAGUGAAGAUGCGUGCUGUUACUGUGGCUUUGAUGAGACUCCUGCUUACUUCUAA